ACUUUGAGCCCUCCUCCAAAGAGAUAAGAAAGGAGGGCCAAGAAAUUGGCUGAGAGAGCUGGAGAUGUACUCGUUGGGUUAGGUUCUGAAAGUCGGGAAUAAUUGGCUGUUGAAGCACACAUUGGAGGGUUUCAAGUGUUCAAAUUAAAGGGUAAAGCACUAAAGCUACAAGUGUAGAUGGAGUACCAGAAAUACGUGGCAUUGCGCAGAGCUGUUGCGGAAGGCAAUUGGGAGAGCGCCAAGAAAUUCUUUGAGAAAAACCAAGAUGCAGUCACUGCCAAUAUCAACUCGAACCAGGAGAAUGCACUGCACGUAGCAGUCCAAGCAGGAAAGAAGGGAAUCGAUGUCGUGAAGAAUUUGGUGGAAAAAAUGCCGAUUGAGGCCCUCGAACAUAAAAAUGUUUAUGGCCAAACUGUACUUAGCUACGCUGCUAUUGUUGGUAACACGAGUGCUGCGGUUAUUCUGGUGGAAAAACGUCCCCCGUUGUUGUAUAUUAGCAACAAUUCUAGGGUUCUACCGAUCCACCUGGCUGCCAGAUAUGAUCACAAGGAUACUUUCCAAUACUUGUUGUCACAGACUCAAGAGGAGCAAGGUGGUGUUAGGCCUUUUGCAGACAGAUCCGGGGUUCGGCUUGUUAGACAAGUAAUAUUUUCUGGAUACUACGAUGAGGCCCUAAAAUUGAUUGAUCGGAAUCCCGAACUGGCAAAAUUACAACUUCCCACUGGUGUUAGUGUUUUAUCAGCAAUAGCUUCGAACGUGUUGGCGUUCCAAAGUGGGAGUCAUCUAUCCUUUUGGAAAAAAGCUAUCUAUUCUUGUGUUCCGGAGAAGUUGGACAAGUAUGCUCAAGAAUGCAGCAGAUCUGACAUUGAGGACCAAACUUUUGUGCGAAGCUUCUGCAUUCCAGUGAGCCAAAGAUUACAAGCCAUGCUUUACAAAGUCUUGGCGUUCUUAGUGCCUCACAUUAAACACAUCGGGGAGAAAAAACAAGAGCAUUAUCAAGCAGUUGGGCUGGUGAAAUCGUUGUGCCAGCAAAUUGCAACUGUAAGUGACGACAAGGCUUAUGAAUCAAUUCUGAAAGGCCCACUGCUUUCCGCAGCAAAAUUAGGAGUUAAAGAGGUGGUGAAAGAAAUAUUGGAUUCGUUUCCGGAUGCAGUUUGGUUUACUGAUGAUAACAAUCAUAAUGUAUUCCAAUUGGCAAUUUUACACCGUCAGGAAAAAGUUUUCAGCAUCAUAUAUCAGAUGGAUCUCAUAUCCCAUCGCUUGGACAAGGAAGAGAACAAUAUAUUGCAUUUGGCGGCGAGACUGCCACCUCGAAGCAUACUAAAUCUUAUUCCUGGUGCAGCAUUUCAAAUGCAACGUGAGUUGCAAUGGUUUGAGGAACUCAAGAACCUUGUGCCACUCGAAUGUAGACAGAAGAAAAACAAGCUUGGAGAAAUUCCUACCAUGAUAUUUACUAAAGCACACAAGGACCUAGUAUGUGAAGGAGAGAAAUGGAUAAAAGAUACAACAAAUUCAUGCGCAAUUGUGGCAUCCCUGAUUGCCACUAUAGCUUUUGCAGCUGGAAUCACUGGUCCUGGCAACAAUGACCACAGUGGCCUCCCGAUUUUCUCUAAAGAAAGAGCAUUCAUCAUCUUUUCCAUUUCAAAUGCAUUUUCUUUAUUCACAUCCGCGACUUCUCUAUUGAUGUUCUUGUCCAUCCUAUCUUCACGCUAUGAAGAAAGAGAUUUUCUUGAUGCUCUUCCCAAGAGGCUGAUGAUUGAUCUUGCCACCUUGUUUCUCUCCAUAAUAAGCAUGAUGAUAACCUUCGCAGCUUCCCUCUAUCUUGUGGCGGGAAAAUACAAGGACAUGAUACUAAUUACUGCAGCACUAGUAGCUUGUGUUCCAAUCUAUAUUCUCCCGUCCUUUCAGUUCCCCUUCCUCUUGGAUCUAAUCUAUUCAUCAUAUGGUACCAUUUUUGAUAAGAAAAAUAAAAAUUAUCGCCCCAUUUUCUUACAAGGCAAGUAGUCUGAGUAUUCUAACCUCCCACUCCAUCAAAUAUGGUCACUGUUUGGCCAAGGACAUUGAUGAGGGUGGGUCUGUGUUGUAAUCAGAAAUUUCUAGGUUUCAUAGAUGUUAAACAUAAACAGGAUUGUAAAAUUUGUACGGUUUCAUACUAGUUUAUAUAUUGCGAAAUGCGUUAGUUAUUUUA